AUGACCAAGACCGAGCCCAUCGAGGCCCUCUUGGCGCCAUCCUUGAGAGUGUCCAGACCCGUGGCUGCGUGCGCCAGAUGUCGCUCUGCGAAAAUCAAAUGCGAUGGGAAAUUGCCCGCUUGUUCUGCCUGUGAGAGAUCAGGCAAAGCAACCAGUUGCACAAGUGCCAAUGAUGAAUUUGCUCGAGGCAAAGAAAGAAGUUAUGUUGCGGCUCUGGAAGCUGCCGCCCAACGGCUACAGAAAAAGAUCGAUGCUGCUCGAGCAGAGGCUACCGUUCAUCGGACGCUGCCCGGCACGCAUUCGACGACAGGCCGGCCCGCUCAGCGACGAAAGAUAAGCGGAGCCCGUCGAAAGGAGGCCUCUGACGUUGACGAGUUGGUCAGUGACUUCGGGUUUCUCACUGUCAAUGCGACAUCGCGAGAUUUCCAUGGAUUUACCUCGACCAUGUCAUUUGCAAAGCUCCUCCUUUCAGCAGCAGCAAAAGAAGAGCUACCCCCCCUCGAAUCACGAGGGCUGCCCCCACGAUAUGCCAUCACUCCCAUGAUCAAUCAAUAUCUGGAAAAUGUAUAUGUGCUAUUCCCCUUUUUCUCCGAGACAGACCUGAUGUCAAGCUUGUCUCGCAUCUACCAUGAGUCUUCGGCAGUCUCAUCAACUGUUACGCCAUUGGACGUGUGGUAUGUGCGAUUGAUUCUGGCAAUCGCGUAUGCCUCGAGCUCGCAACGAAAAGGAGACGAGAACGAUAAGACGGCGCUACAACACAUGUCGGCGGCCAGAGGAUUAGCUGGCUAUGUGUUACAUCCCGGAUCGAUUGCCGGCGUACAAGCUCUUCUCCUGCUGGUGCAGUAUUCGUUGGUAGACCCGGCACACUAUGAUCCCUGGUACCUCAUGGGCAUGGCGGCCCGGCUCAUGGUUGAUCUCGGGCUACACUGCGAGCUACCUGCAGAGACGAAGAUCAGCAAGGAUGCACUGGACCUGCGGCGAAGGAUAUUCCACUGUGUGUAUGCUCUGGACCGUCUCGUCAGCAUGUCCCUUGAUCGGGCAUUCUCAUUCACCGACGAUUCAGCUUCCGAGGUGCCUUUACCAGAAUCAGCGUCGGACCCAUCUCCAACUCAACUUUUCCAACAUUCAAUCAAACCAUGCCUCUAUUUGUUCGAUAUCCGCCGCGUUCAGUCGGCCUUCUAUCAGACCACAAGGUGGUCUUCUCGGUCUCAGUGGCCUCUAGCCACAGCGGCUACCUAUGCCAGUUCUGUGUCGAACGACAUCCACGCUUGGUAUUCGACCAUCCCCUCGACACUGUCACAGCGUCAUCUGAUGCUUUUCAACCUUGAAAGGCUGUAUUGCCAAAUCCUAGUGGUUUCGCCCAACCAACGUGUCCCUGCGAGCAGCAUGACCGAUCUCAACAAAGAACUUGUCUUCGAAUACUCGGCUCAAUACGCCGAUCUCCUGCAGCCCAUCACCCAGGAUGUCGGCUGGCAUGCAUACCUGACAUUUGCCGAUAUCAGUCGAGCAAAAUACGUGGGACAGAAGUUUGUUGAAGUGAUGUGGUCUGAUUUUGAUCGACUCAUCAAGACCACGCAUGCCAUCCGUGAAGGCUCGCCUCUGGCCAACAAUGUGCCUCUAGACAACGGUCAACGGGCGACCAUCUGCCUCCGGAAGAUCAUUGAGAUUCUCGACUUUGCACGGCAUCGCUGGUCAAUGCCGGAAAUGCGGGAAAAGUUCGAGCAAGAAUCGGCCGUGCUCUUCUCACGGCUGAAAAAUAGGCAGAUGGAAUUGGGCACUGCGCAGUACUCCAGCAGGGUCAAUAUUAAUCCUGCAACGGCCACCAAUGUCGGUUAUGAGAGUAUGGCAAGCAACAUUUAUCCAGAUGCCAAUGCCUAUCCAUAUGAGGGACCAGCAAUAACCCAACUCCCGAGUCCUCCAAUCAAUCACGAUCCAGUCCAACCCGACAUGCAGCAACAACCGAUGCUAACGCCACCUGAAGACUACCACAUGCCCUCGAUGUACUCCAUGCCGCCAGGUUCAUUGCCUCGGCGGAGCUAUGAGUUUUACGGAGGCCGCAGUUGA